AUGACGCCGCCGCCCGCAGGCAAUAUGGAGUCAGCAGGUUGACAGAACUUAUGAUUGAUGCGUGAGCUCAGGCAUGAUGUGGAAUCUAAUAGAGCAGAUUGUAAUAUUUGAUACUGUUUGGUCGUAACAGCUGGGGUUAUGUGGGCUGUGGAGAAUAAACACGGGGGCGAAGGGGCGAUGGUGGACAGGCUUAAACUUCUGAACACACAAACGAAAGUGAUGAGAAUCUAAUUCGAAACCUUAAAAUCUCAGUAACAACUGUCUAGAACAGAAACUAAAUUGAUGAUGACUAAUGGUGCACACUACGAUUUCAUCGAUAAUGAACUUCGAUUUAAUCGCGUAAAUCCCAGUUAUGAUGACUUCAUAAAGUGUAGCUCCUUGCACUUUUUGAUACCCAUUUUAAUUGCAGUCGAAAUUGUUCAUCGUUCUUUUUCUUUUCACUUUUCAUCUUUCUCAAAUCUAUUGUUAAAUCUUUCAAGACGAACUAUUUUAUCUUGUUUAUAAGGUGAACAACAAAGUGAAAUGGACGUUUUUUGAAUGCGUUCUAACUGGUUUACUGUUUUUUUCCAAACGCACUGGAACUUUUGUUCGUGUGAUAAAAUUAUCUCAUGGGAUAGCACAUCAGUUGAUACUAUUUUCCAGUUGAUGAUAUUAUAUGAAAGUUUUGAAAUUUGAUCAACAACACGAAACGUAUCUUUGCAUAUCAGUGCAUGUAUAUGUGAAAAUCGAUGAUAUUUGUACAAUACACUAAUACUCGAAAAGACAAGACGUCGACACCUCUCUAACUUUAUGAUAUAAUAGACAUAAACAUAAUCUCACAUUUAGAAUUGAGGAGCGAGUAGCGAGUAAUGUUUGUAAUUAUUGAGUGUUAAUGGCUGUUGGUGGUGGUUAGUGGAUGAUAAGUGUAUUUUACCGAUAUUCGAUAGUCAACUAGCUAAUAUUCUAGCUAGCAGAGAUAAUAGUCCAUCUUCAUUAUACAUAAAAGAAUUUUUGACAAUCGUAAGUCAUAGAUCGACGCAAAAUCAUACAGUACACUUGAUUCCAUUUUUCAGCUUCCCGAUUCUCUAAAACCAGGUACUCAAACAAAAUCAAAAAAAGAUAUUUCUAUCCAGUGGUACCAUUGAUUUCUGUCAAUGACAAAUAUAGAUAUCUUUUUAUUGAAAUAUCUUCAUCACACUGACGAGGAUAUUUCUAACUUUAUAAAAGCAAAAAAAGAGAGUAUCUGCAUUUGUCACUGAUAGAAAUCGUGUUUGGUAUCCUGAGAUGGAAAUACCCUUUUAUGAUUUUGCAUCAGUCGAUAUAUUGGGCUAUAACACACCAUUAUAUCGGGGACCGUAGCUCCUCACACUAGCCUUUUCUUGCGUCCCAAUAUAUUGAGACGAUAUCCGAAUGCACUAGAUACCAUGCCCAAUAUAUCUACAUAACCCAAUAAAAGUGGCACCUAUAUCUAGAUAUUUCAUUGUAGGAUUGCCCAAUACAACGCUAAAACAUUUAAAUAUUUUCAUGUUUUUUGCAUUUUUUGCUUGCGGGCAUCCAAUGCAAUGAUUCAGAGCUGAUUGAUAGGUUAAAUUUUUUGGUAAGAUAGAACACCUAAAAAUCGCAUGUACUGAGUCCGCAGAAUAAGGUGGCCAUAUCAUGAGUAUGGUACGUUCUGAUUCGAAAUAGUUGGAAAUAUCUUUACUAGUAGGUGAUCGAAGAUUGUUAUGAUAAAGUUUGAUACCUAGACUAUUAGGUGAUGAUCUCCCUUUCUCAUUUCGUCGAUAAUUAGCUGUAAGCAAUUAUUGAUAUCGUAUUAGUGAUUGUCAGUCUACCUUUUUCUACAUUUAUCUUUUUUGUACGAAAACUGGGCCAGUUGUCUUACAAAAGACAGAAAACAGCAUUUGCGGUGCCAACUUCCUGCGUCGAAUCACAGUUGACGGAGACUCUCCGCUUGCUGUUCUUCUCGUGUUUUAUAACUUUCGAUCCAUUUGCUUAUGACGCAUCUAUAAUCGUCUCCUAUUACCACACCAUGUACUCGUCAUGUUCCUUUGUUCGAUCUUAUCAAAAAGUUUAAUCGAUCAAAUCAGCUCCCAAUCAUUUAGAUGCCAUAAUCAAGAGUAUAAAUUUUUUGACUAAAGAUGAUAUUAAAAACUUUUGACAAACGCCUUGACCGAAUGUAACUGUGUGCGGAUAAUCACGGCUAUUAGUUUGAAUAUUUGCUGAAAUAAAAACUUGAUUAACUCUUUUCUACGAAUUUUUAUCUGGAAAUCUCGGAACUAUUGGUAUACCCGAAGUAUUUUUCUCUACGGCAGUUCUCAGCGUAAAAUGUUACAUGAGUCACUGUCCUCAGACAUCAUGUAAGGCUGCAUCAUUGUUAUUGCAUAAUAGUUACGUCACUAUUAAGACAUUACUAACACUAUAAUAGUUACGUCACAUCCGCCACUAUAUAAACUCUCGUUUUCCAUUUUCGAAGGAGUUGUUGUACAAUUCAUUUUCGAAAUAGAUUACUACGAAAACACGCUUGGACUUAUUUAUCAAUGUAAACCGGGGGGCUAUCAAAGCAAUGACGAUUUUCUGGUAUCACGCUCCAAAAAAGCUCCUUGUUAGAUGGCAGAUAGAAUAGAGUUAUAAUGGGUAACAGGGAACUUCUAAAGAAAUUUUUUAAACCAGAGCCGUUUUGAGAUACUUAGUAAAAACUGGUACACAGGAUAGCUCGUACAAAGUUAACUAUAGAUAUGUGUUUUACACAAAAGAAAUCUCGCUAUCAUCAAUUCAAUACGUGUUAAAAGAAAUUUUUCAUAAUAUAAUGAUGCUAUAAAUGAUGUGGUUUUACUUUUAAGUAAAGCCAUCUGCAGUCAGUUUUGUCAGUCGUUCAUAAUUGUGUCUUUUAAGUCUUUUAUGAACUGCUGACAAAACUGACUGCAGAAUACCA